AUGACGACGUCUACCGACGACGUGCCUGACGCCAUCCUGCCCUUCUCCCCCGCCCCCGGCGCCGUCGUGGGCGAGACGCCCCUGCCCAAGCUUGGUGGCGUGGCGCUCACGCUGUCCAACGGCCUGCGGGUGGUGCUGCAGGAGAGGGACUUUCUGGAUGACGAGCUGCUGAUCACAGGGCUGGCCGUGGGGGGGCUCAGCGAGCUGCCCCCGUCCCUGCUGGGUGUGGGCCGCAUGGCGCACCUCCUGGCCGGAGAGCUGGGGGUCUACGGCCACAGGCCACAGGUCCUCAACGACAUCCUCGCAGGCAAGCGCAUCGACCUGUCUGUGUCUGCGUCGGCCUACAGCCGCGCGUUCAAGGGCAGCGCGUCGCCGGGGGACGCGGCGGAGCUGAUGCAGCUGGUGCACGCGCUGUUCACCUGCAGGAUCGAUGUGGUGGAGGAGGAGCUGCAGACAGCGCUGCACCAGGCCCCGCCUGCGGCCUCCUGA